AUAUUUUGGGAAAAAAUUUGGAGGAUGACCUACCUUUAGCUCGACUAAAAGAGAUGUGGGAAAAUCAUGUUAGAGCAGCUGCAGUUAAUGAAACCAUUACAUUGCUUCAAACAAUUGAACAGAUUGAUUAUAAUCCCAAAGACAUUGAGGAAUGGAAUACAGACGCAGUGGAGGAAAAUCUCGAUAGCAAUGAUUCAGAAGAUAGUGACUGCGAGAUAUUAACUUUUGAAGAAAAAAAAAGUUACGCAUUUGGAGGCUCUUGCAGCCUUGAAAAUUCUGACACAAUGGGCCAAUCAAAACUAUGUCGACAUAAAAAACAUUAUUACACUAAAAAGUUUAGAAGAAAAGGCUGUAGCCUUAAACCUGUCGCAAAAAAAAGUGCAAACAAAAAUUACAUCUUUUUUUAAAUAAAACUUUUGUAUAAUGUU